GAACUGCAGCCUACCAGGCUCCUCCGUCCAUGGGAUUUUCCAGGCAAGGGUACUGGAAUCGGGUGCCAUUGCCUUCUCCCUCUGGGCAUAGCAGGUCGGGAGAAUCCUGGAUCUCCGGCCCCGCCUCCUCGCCGAGCACUGUGCGCGCACCCCGCCCCCGUUCUCGCGAGAGCUAGGAGCCGAAAAAUGGCGCCGACGUGAGCGCGAGCCCACGGCCACCAAAGGAGUCGCCGCAGUCUUAGCUGGAGCCGCCGGAGCCGCGGGAACAAGAGGCUGAACCAGGCUGAGGAUGGGGUUCCCCUAGCUGGCGCAGGCAGACCCUGGGCCCAGGGGGUUCUCCCCACCUCUUCCUUCCACCAGGAUGAGGAACCCUCGGGGCCCAGCCCGGACAUGCCGGCUACUGCAGAACCCAGCUCCAGUGAAACCGACAAGGGGGUGUCCCCAGUUGUGGCUGCUAUAGCCAAGUCCUCUUCCAUGGAGGAGGAGCCGGGCCCUGACCGGGCAACCACACCCCCAGUGUGGGAACGUGGAGGGCCCACCGGAGGGACCCAGCAGGGUGCCUCCCCAGCCCCAGACAGUGGCCAUCCUGGACCUGGACACAGCCUUGGCCCAACCAGCACUGUCUCCGGGACCAGUGAGGACCUGCGGCCUCCCAGACGACGCCCACCACCAGGGAAGCAGAUACCGUGCUCCAGCCCAGGCUGCUGCCUCAGUUUCCCCAGCGUUCGAGACCUGGCACAGCAUCUGCGUACCCACUGCCCACCCACACAGUCCCUGGAAGGCAAGCUCUUCCGCUGUUCUGCCCUGAGCUGCACCGAGACCUUCCCCAACAUGCAGGAACUGGUGGCCCACGGCAAGCUGCACUACAAACCCAACCGCUACUUCAAGUGUGAGAACUGUCUGCUGCGCUUCCGCACGCACCGCUCGCUCUUCAAGCAUCUGCAUGUUUGCGCCGAGCAUGCGCAGAGCCCAGCCCCGCCGCCGCCACCCCCGGCCCUGGACAGGGAGUCGCCGGCGUCCGAGCGCCCCGCGGAGUCCGACCCUGCGCCGGCGCCUGGCCUGCCGUACCCGCUGCUCGAGCCGUUCACGACCCCUGCCCCUGCCCCCACCGGGCCCUUUCUGCCCUACCUGAACCCCGCGCCUUUUGGCCUAAGUCCCCCACGCCUGCGCCCCUUUCUGGCCGCCGCUCCCGGGCCUCCUGCCUCCAGCGCCGCGGUCUGGAAAAAGAGCCAAGGUGCAGGCGGCAGCCCGCGAAGACCCCAGGGCGGCUCCGAUGCGCCCUCAGGGCACGCGGCUCCCAGCCGCAUCGUGUGGGAGCACACACGCGGCCGCUACUCGUGCAUGCAGUGCGCCUUCUCCACGGCCUCGCGGCCCGCCAUGACCCUACACCUGGAGGACCACCGCCCCGGCGGCCCCGCGGCCCCGGCGCCCGGGCAGCCGCGCCCCGACGCGCCGGCGGACCCGGCCCCGCUGGCACCCAAGGUAUCGCCGCUGCUGUCUGAGGGGGAGUGUCCGGUUUUCUCGCCGCUCUGAAGGCCGCCGCGUAGGGAGCGGGCUGUGGGUAAUGGUGUCGUUUUUAGGGAAAGCCUGAGAUGGCACGGGUGGCGGGGGGGUGGGCAA